AUGACAGGCACAUUUGGAACCACGCCAUCAGAACAGGUGCGACUCAAUCUUAUUCAUUACAACCUCUGGACCGAGGUCACGCUGCACAAUGAUCAUAUUGUGAGUGGAUUGCCUCCUCAGGAACUAGUACCCACAGACGACGACGUCGACGACGACGACGACGUCGUCGACAAGAACAAAAGACGAGAAUGGGUGGUUUGCAAACGAUUAUUGAACACCAAGUUGAGUGUUGAGGAGAUAAAUACGUGGUUUGAAGAAAUUAAAGAUAUAACUCAACGUGAAGGUGACCUUAAGACCCCCAUUAACGAAUCUCUCAAUUCACAAUCAAAAGAAGAUAAAACUGAUAAAGAACCAAUAAUAUCCAAUCAAACUGAUUUAACCACAACUAAAACAACAAACACACCAAAUAAAUGGACUAGAAUAAAAAACAUAAACGGGAAAGAUAGAGUUGGUCGCAUAACCAUAGCCAUGAUUAAUGACGAUGGUACAAUUGUUUAUUACUUUAUACACGAUGGAAUUACUAAACCACGUCAAAACUAA